UCGAAAGCUCGCUUUCAGUAAAAUGUGAAGCUUUAUGAAACGAAAAAAAAAACAUAUUUUAGGAUAAAAAGAGUGAUUUGAAAUGUUUGAUGAUUGACCGCAAAUAAAAUUAUUCUUUAAAAACUUAAUUAUCGAUUAUAUAGCAAAGUUUCAUGAUAUUACAUGGACAUUUCAGUGUUAUUUUGUGAUCCAAAAAUAGCUCGGCUAGUGAUUUUGUAUUUUUGAUUUCGUCCUACAUUCUAGAGCCAUGUUCCUGCUAAUACUCCUGGCCCUGGUGAGCGCAGUGCGGGCCGUGCCUCAGAAGCCCAACCUGGACGCCAUCUUGAACCGGAGAACUGACGUCUACAUCGCCGGCUUCUUCCCGUUUGGGAAGGGCGUGGAGAACUCCAAUACCGGCCGCGGCGUGAUGCCGAGCGUGAAGCUGGCGCUGGACCACGUGAACGAGCACGACGCGGUGCUGCGCAACUACCGCCUGCACAUGUGGUGGAACGACACCGAGUGUAACGCAGCAGUGGGCGUGAAGUCGUUCUUCGACAUGAUGCACAGCGGGCCGCACAAGCUGAUGCUAUUCGGAGCCGCGUGCACACACGUCACCGACCCCAUCGCCAAGGCGUCCAAGCACUGGCAUCUUACUCAGUUAUCCUACGCAGACACGCACCCCAUGUUCACGAAGGAGGCGUUCCCGAACUUCUUCCGCAUCGUGCCGUCCGAGAACGCGUUCAACAUGCCGCGCAUCCGCCUGCUGCAGCACUUCAACUGGACGCGCGUCGGCACCAUCUACCAGAAUGAGCCCCGAUAUGCCCUGGCCCACAACCGUCUUGUAGCUGAUCUAGACAUGAACGGUUUUGAAGUGGAAGAGACGCAAAGUUUUGCAACUGACGUGCGAUCGGCACUAGAGAAACUCAAGGAGAAGGACGUCAGGAUCAUUCUGGGCAACUUCAAUGAAACAUGGGCGAUAAAGAUCUUUUGCGAGGCUUACAAGUUAGAAAUGUACGGGCGAGCGUACACCUGGCUACUGCUGGGCACCUUCAGCAACAAGUGGUGGAUGCGUCGUGCUCCGUGUUCCAAACGUGACCUGACCACGGCGCUGGAUACUGCCAUAUUGACUGACUUGCUGCCACUGUCUUCUACUGGGGAAACCACAGUUUCUGGCAUCACAUCAAAAGACUACCAAGUAGAGUAUGAUCGUAGGCGAGGGACAGAGUAUUCCCGUUUCCAUGGAUAUACUUAUGAUGGUAUCUGGGCGAUGGCUUUAGCCAUACAAACAGUCGCCCAAAGAGUGAAAUUAAAACACAAAGAGAAGACAGUUCAAGAUUUCAAAUAUCGUGAUAAAGAGUGGGAGACACUUUUCUUAGACGCAUUGAGUAACGUUACUUUCGAAGGCGUAACCGGUCCAGUAAGAUUUUAUGACAAUGAGAGGAAAGCAUCCAUCCUGCUAAAGCAAUUUCAAGGUGAAGAAGUAGGUGAAGUGAAGGUAGGUGAGUACUGCGCGGAGAGAGACCACCUGGACCUGACCAGCUGGGAGUCAUUCAAGUGGAUUGGAAAAAACCCUCCGAAGGAUCGCACACUGCGUCUUAUUGAGCAUACUCAAGUGAACAUCACGAUCUACUCGGUGCUAGCUACUUGCUCAGUACUGGGCAUCAUAUUGGCUACUGCAUUUCUAGCCAUGAAUAUCCAUUACAGAAAUCAGAGGUACAUCAAAAUGUCGUCACCGCAUUUGAACAACUUGAUCAUCGUUGGGUGUAUGUUGACCUACACCAGCGUCAUUUUCCUAGGACUUGACUCCAGCCUCAGCAGUAUAGCUGCCUUCCCGUACAUCUGCACUGCGCGGGCGUGGUUGCUGAUGGCUGGAUUCAGCCUGGCGUUUGGAGCAAUGUUCUCUAAGACUUGGAGGGUUCACUCCAUCUUCACAGACGUAAAACUCAAUAAGAAGGUGAUCAAGGACUACCAGCUAUUUAUGGUGGUUGGAGUGUUACUGUGCAUAGAUCUGGCUAUCAUGACCACGUGGCAGGUCGCUGACCCUUUCUACAGGGAGACCAAGCAGAUGGAACCUUAUAAUCACCCGUCGAGUGAAGAUAUCGUUAUAGUUCAGGAGAAUGAGUACUGCCAGUCAGAAAGAAUGAGCAUCUUCAUUGGAGUUAUUUAUGCGUACAAAGGGCUGUUGUUGAUAUUUGGCGCUUUCUUGGCUUGGGAGACUCGAUCGGUGUCUAUUCCUGCCCUGAAUGACUCAAAACACAUCGGUCUCUCGGUGUACAAUGUGCUCAUUAUGUGCAUCACUGGCGCUCCCAUGGCUUUGUUGCUGGCUGACCACAAAGAUGCGUUGUUCAUCUUCAUAGCUGUGUUCAUAAUCUUCUGCACUACAGCUACACUCUGUUUAGUCUUUGUUCCGAAGCUCCUGGAGCUCCGUCGCAACGGCCAGCCCGGGACUGCCCCCACCCGCAUCCGCGCCACGCUGCGGCCGGCCUCCACUCACGAGUGUCGCUCGCCCGGGCCCGAGCUGGAGCGACGCAUGAAGGAGCUCCGGCAGUACAACAACCGCUACCGGCGGACGCUGCAGGCUAAGGAGAAUGAGCUGCAGCUACUUCUUAGCAAGUUAGGCAGCGAUGCUGGUUCGGAAUCUUCUACACGGACUGACUCAAAGUCUCCUGCUACUCAAAGGACUACUAGACUACCUCUGCCCAAGGAAAAUUUAAGUCAUCCAGAAACCAGUGACAUAACAUCAGUUUGCAGUUUAAGUGCAUCAGCCGGCGCUGAAGCCGAAUACCUGAAAUAUGAACAGCAAUCUGAUAAAGUCAAACCUUCCGCUCCACCUCCAGAACCAGUCAAAGAAGUUCCACCACCUAAAGAACCUAAGAAAGAGCAGACUAAGAAUGUAUCGUUCAAGAACCAUCUGGAUUACACCAGUCCUCCACCAACUAACAAAGCAGUUCCAGAAAAAGACGUGCUUGCCAAGCUACCUUAUGGAUGCAUGUAUACUGAGGAACCAGCAGAAGUACCACCAAAGUCAUCAAUAAAGAUUUCAUCAGAACCAGUCAAAGCUGAAACUAAGACAAUAUCAGCUCUGAAAACAAGUGACGCUGCUCCAGCCAAGUCUGUACCAGCAAAGGUGCAAGAACCAAUGUACACUAAAGCUGCUCCACCUAGAGCACAAGAAUCAAAGGUCAUUAAGACACCAGAAUUGCAGAAAAAGGCUGCAAAAAUACAAGAACCAACGAAAACAACGCCGUCACGUGACCACAAAUCUUCGGCUGUAAGAGGACAUCGGCGCAUGUCCAGCGUGGGCCAAGGUGCCUUGUUGACGGACUUGAUGCAUGUAUCAGUCGAUCAGGAUGAUGUGAUAGUCCCUAGUUGUCCCGACAAAGAAUUACCUCUACCUCCGACAGUAAAAUCUAAGUUAGACGAAAGGGAGGAUAUAUUGGAUAUCGAUCAAGAUUAUUCUACCAACACAGCUGAAAGAAGAAAAGCUCAUCAAAGACGUGAUUCAGAACGAAGAAAAAAGGAGUUCAUUGUGGUGCAAAGUGAUCUAUGGGACACGAAUACAUUCCAGUAUAAUUGUCAAAAAUCUCCUCCACCAGCCACUACCCCACAUGUGGACUUAGGUCAUCUACAUACUCCGAUGCAGCGUAGUGUGUCGGAGAAGAGUCGACAGCAGCCGUCGCCACACCACCACAGAGACAGUGAUCGAGGCAGUAUGGAGAGAAGAGCUUCGAAUGCAUCAAUAAAUUAUGCAGGAACAUCUCGGGGAACCACACCUGAAGGAUAUCGAGAAGCGGAAACCCUUAGGAUGCCAGAUAAGUUAUCAAAGCGUCGGGGUUCAGAGUUUUCGCAACCAGUUAGCGCUCCAACACAACAGAACCAUUCUAAAAGGCGACAAUCAUCAGCACAAGUCAGAUCCUACCACGAUGACAGGCACGACAAAAAUGAAGCCACACCCAAAAGACGAGAAGAGACAAUUCGGAAAGCCGAACUGAAAGAAGAGAUACACGACCAGUCUUGGAGACCAGAUCCUGACACUGUUAAGAUGAUGAAGAUCCAGGAUUCUCCGUCCAAAAGACUGAGGCAUGAAGCCGAACCACUCAAAAGAGCGAAAGGGACGACAGAUUCACCGAGACUCACACAAGCGUCAGUCAAAGCCAGGCCUGACCAUCACAAGAGCAGUCCAAACGUUGCUUCGAGGCAUAAAUCAGGUUCUCCAAACAGUAAGCGGGAAGAAAGAAAAUCAGUUCCAUAUGGCCGAAGUGACUCAAAACGUCAAGACUCGGCAGAUCAGCGCAAAAUGUACACAGCCAGUUCAGAGUCCGAACUGUUUGAGUGUGCCAUCUUGCCAAUAUUCCAUAAACUGCUCACAGAAAGACACAAGAGCCAGCCGCACAGCCUUAACCUCACAUACGGAAUGAGUUGUCCCAAUAUAUCUAUAAAGUGCGAUAUAGUUGAGUAUUUGUAAAUUUUAGGGUUUUUAAAUCAAUGGAAAGGUUUUUCUGAAUGGUUGUAUACCUGUCUAUACUUCUUUUCCAUUUAAAGAAAUUGAUUGUGUACGUAUUUAAGCCAAUGUGAGUUGUGUUGUCGGUACCUAGAAAUGCCUAGAAAUAACCCGAGGCGCCACUUCGUAUGUGAGAAAACGUAAACGUUUCGAUUUUGACAAACUAUCAUAUUGUAGUUACUUAGACGUAUGUACAUACAUAGGUACUUACAGGCAGUUAACUUCGAAAUUUUAAUA